GUCUUCCUGUGUUUUUUGAAAGUGAGAGUGUGAGGUUUUUGGUUUAUAUGCAUGUGCAGUCAUGCUUGUGUGCAGCAGGGGUGUGUGUAUUUUCUCCCUCUCUCUGUUGUUCUGUCUCUUUCUGCAGUAUUUGCACUUCUGCCACUGACUCCUUGGAACCUCUGCAGGAGACGAGCUGCAAAACAUCAGGUACUGGUUCGAUAAUGGCCUCCAAACUGAGCGUGCUGCUGCUGUCAUUGGCUGUUGCCUCAGUAACAGUGCUGGCCCAGAGACGACGUCCUUCAACGUCGACCAAUACCGGGGAGUGGAACUACAGGGAUGGCUCUGAGAGGGUAAAAAUGCGUGGCGUGGCUAACCUGACUGAGGUUCUGGACAACUGGAAGUUCGACAUCAUGAACCAGAUGAAAGGACUCCUGCAGAACGACCACCAGUCUUUGCUCCCCGAUUACGCCCGGAUCCAGCCGCUGUCCGAGGUGUUGGACGACCUCUACAAAGAGUUCAAUGCCCUCAAAGCUCACCUGGGCGACCUUACCGAGAAGUUCUCCGCCAUCGAAACUUUCAUCGAUGAGAUCAAGGCCAGCCGCGCCACUAACACCAACGCUGGCCCUGCCUCCGGUCCAGGUCCGGCUGCAGUUCCCAGACAGUCCACUCGGAGGGUGAUGAAGAAGAAGAUCACUUCCUCUUCCGCCUCCUCCUCCUAACCAGCCAAUGAGGAGUUUCUUCUGUUCUCAUGCUUUGCUUCUUCUCUGACUGCAUUCUGUUUCUGUCUUGUCUGAAGGGAAUUCUCAUUUAUCGUUUCAUUAUCAUCAUGUUCUGUGGUCUUGAACCUGGUUAUUACCACAGGACAGAGGAAUAACUGAACUGUUAUGAAAAAGACAAAUUAGCCGAUAUCAUUUCUGAAAAAUGUCCAGAGUUGGAAGUGUUUACAAUACAUACAAUUUAGAUGAAACACAAACACAUCACAAGGAUUAUUUAAAUUAAAUUCAAUCUUACACUGAACCUUGAAGUCAAAAUAUCUCAGAUAUUAGCGCUGACAUCUUGUGGUGAUGACGUCAUUUACAGUCAGAGAUUGUGCAGGAGUGAUCGUGGAGCCGUGGUGUCAAAGUCCUGUUGAUAGAUGUUCUCAACCAAUCCUGUCACAGUGUCAGCUGUCAAUCCUGACACAGUGUCAGCUGUCAAUCCUGACACAGUGUCAGCUGUCAAUCCUGACACAGUGUCAGCUGUCAAUCCUGACACAGUGUCAGCUGUCAAUCCUGAUACAGUGUCAGCUGUCAAUCAGCCUGUUUAUAUAUCGUCAAAUAACUAAUUCAAACCAAACUGAUCAGAAACACUUGAACAAACAUCAGUGAUGAAAUGACAGAAACAUCUUUGACAUCUGCUAACAUGGAGGUUUAUGAUCUUUUAUUUGGACUUGGACAUUUGUGUUCUCACAUCCAGCUUGUCCAAAAUGUACUGACUUCAGUGCAGGUCUGAAAGCAACUUUAUUUAGUGGCAUCACUGACAGGUGAGAUGUCCCAUGACUGAAAUUGGUCAACUAAAAAUUUUCUGGUCAUUCUACAGACACUGCUUUUUCACAUAGUGGAUAAACUGAAGGGUAUAAUGAAACCUAAAUAACGAUAAAUGUAGUGAGCUGUACAGUAGGGAGUGAUUUCGUUCUCACAGACUUGCCACUGUUUGCUCAUUUUGUUUCCUCAUAAAUUUUAACUAAGAUGUGACACCUGGAAAGUUUGUAUUGAUUAAAAACUAUUUCAUAUUCUCUUCUCAAUCUGAAGAAUAAUAUUUUUUUCAGGUCUGCUGCUGUUUCCUCUGCAAUGGUAUGAGUUGGUCUGUGUUCAAGGUUUACUGCUUCACUAUAUAAGCUUCAAAUAAAUUCACUUUUUGCAUCAUU